GUUGACCUGAUGGACAAUAUAAAAAUGUGUUCAUAGUUUAAUUUUGUGUCAGAACAAGCCUGUUUUCAGUAUUGAUUUCUUUGUGGCAUAAGAUCAUACAGUAAAACCAUCAGUGUAAUCACCUUUAAGAUAUUUAAGACAAAACUCUCUGUGCUUAAAGGAAUAAAAAGCUAAUAAAGGUUUCUCACUCAGAACUCAUGGAUGGUUGAGUUUGUGAGCUCCCAAUUCACAAUGAAGCCAGUAUUACUCAGCACGACUGUCCUGCUCAUCUCCUACAGCUGUCUGGGUGAUCAUAUAUGCGUGUGUUUUGGUCUCAUCAUCUGCCUCGUGCUCUUGGCUAACACCGUACGCCAGGCGGGAAAUGGCUUGUCGGAUGGAGUUGGCCGGGCGGUGCUGGUCACAGGUUGUGAUAGUGGGUUUGGACAUCACCUUGCAAAGAAACUGGACAGCAUGGGCUUCACGGUGUUUGCUGGAUGUUUAUGGCCUGAAGGUCCCGGAGCUCAGAGUCUGGCUGAAGAAGGCUCCGAUCGUAUGAAGGUUCUCCGGCUGGAUGUGACCAAAGAUGAAGAUGUGAGCUUGGCCAAAGAUUUUGUGGAAGCAAACUUGCCAGAGAAAGGCCUCUAUGCCGUUGUAAAUAAUGCUGGCAUCAGUGACUGGGGAGAGACCGAGUGGAGUACAGCUGAGGACUUCCAGAAGAUGGCUGACAUUAACCUGUUUGGUGCCAUCAGAGUCACCAUCCCAUUCUUGUCACUUGUUAGAGCGUCCAAAGGUCGUAUGUUAUACGUGUCAAGUAUCUUUUCUUUCUUCACUUGUCUGAACAUGGGAGCGUACAGUGUAUCCAAGCGGGGACUGGAAGCGUUCGCAGACUGCUUGAGAGUAGAGAUGGCCAGCUUUGGAGUCAAGGUCAGCAUCAUUCAACCUGGAAAUUUUGGUGCAGCCACAAAUAUUCUGUGCAAGAAAGCACCGCAAGACAUAUGGGAUGAAUUUGACGACGCACGUAAACUAACGUUCAACCAGAAGUACAUUGAGAUGGCGUGUGAAUAUUUUCACUCAGUGUGCUCUUCAGGAUUUAAGGAUUGCACUUUAGUUAUCAAUGCCAUGCUGCACGCUCUCACUGCUCCCAAACCUCAAACCCGAUACCUGCUCGUUUCCUGGACGGAUAUGUUGUUUUUCUACAUAUGCCCUGUUCUCCCCACAUGCAUCACUGAUUCUGUGUUUCUCCUGAGCUCCAUGUACCACAAGCGUAAAGUCAUGCUUUACUCGUAAUCAGAAUAGGAGAGCUUUCUUUACAUGACUCAGACUUUCUUUAAGACUGAUGAACUCCAACAUGUUACAAAGUUUCCUGGACCGCCGUUCACAAGCAAUGCACUCGAGCAACGUUUGUGUUCUGUACUUCUUUCCCUUUUCUUUGUCUGAGUAAAAUAAGAAGUCUUUAUCUUGCUGAAGAAUUUAUCAUAGCUAAGGACUUUAAGGUCAAAAAAGUCUUCUUAUUUUUUAAUUCAUCCUCCUUUAAUUAGAGAGAAACUAUUAUUCAUACUUUUACAGCAACACCACAGGAUCAUUGAAACUAGUGAAGGUCAAGGGUGAAAAAGGUGAUCAGUUAACCUUAAAAUACACAUUUACAGUUUGGGGCCACUAUAAGAAUUUGGUAACAUUAUUUUAGUGUCCCUGUUACACAUUUACUUACUAUAGCAGUCACAGUAAAUUAUGCUUAAAUGCAAGCAACUAACUAUUAAUAAAUAUUACUCAGUACUUAUUUGUAUAAUUACACAACAAGGGCACAUUAAAAUAGUCUAAUAGUC